AUGAGUCAAAACGAAUGUUGGUGGACGGGAUGUCAGCCGAGUACUUGGGCAGUGACCGGAUGCGGUCAGUACAACCGGACGCAGAAAGACAUCAAGAGUUGCACCGACGGUUCAGAGUAUUAUUGCUGUCCGAUAGUUGUGCAACCCAAAUCUUCCCAAAAAGACUGCUGGUGGACUGGUUGUCAGCCGAGUACUUGGGCAAUGACCGGAUGCGGUCAGUACAACCGAAAGCAGGAAGAAAUCAGGAUUUGCACAGACGGUUCAGAGUAUUAUUGCUGUCCGAUAGUUGUGCAACCCAAAGCUUCCCAAAAAGACUGCUGGUGGACUGGUUGUCAGCCGAGUACUUGGGCAGUGACCGGAUGCGGUCAGUACAACCGAAAGCAGGAAGAAAUCAGGAAUUGCACAGACGGUUCUGAGUAUUAUUGCUGUCCGAUUGUUGUGCAACCCGAAUCUUCCCAAAGAGACUGCUGGUGGACUGGAUGUCAGCCGAGUACCUGGGCAGUGACCGGAUGCGGUCAGUACAACAGAACAGACAAGAACAAAUCGCCGUGUGACGGUGGUUUCAAAUACGAAUGUUGUGAGCUAUCCAACAAAGACACACACAACGACAAUGAUAAGAAACCUAUUUUCCUGGACGACAUCUGUUGGUGGUCCGGAUGCCAGCCAAAGAACUGGAAUGGUGACCGUUGCCCGGUGAACACUGUUCUAAGAAAAACGACGACUUGUGACGAAGAAGAUGAUAGUAUUAUGGUCCAGUGCUGUGCAAACAAUACCGGUAACGGCGACGAGGAAGAAACGUUAUCCGGAACGUCUUUUUCUGAUUUCGUUAAGUAUCUACUGAUGAAGAGCAACAACUUCACCAUCGUACCCGACAGACUCCGAUGUGACAAGGUGGACGUGAACAAAGCGCACAUAAUCCAAAUAAAAGACGAAGGGAUCCGCGUUUGCGACUUGUGUCCGAAUUUCCCGCAACAACGUUACAAAAACGUGUACUUGGACAAAGAGCCCACCGACGAGUACGACAAUAUGGACUUUCCAAAUUGUUUUGGACUUUGCUUCAACACGAACAACUGCACGGCUUUCAGCUACGACCAUACCGCCGGACGGUGUUACAUUUUCGACAGUACUGACGGAGAGCUCAGCGAGAAAGAAGAAUGGACCACGGUGUUCAUGACCCAACCGGUCGGAGUGCUGAACGAUUGGAUGUACUCACGCCACACCUCGGCAGUUGGCGCCAACCCUUUGAGCCAGGAAAAAGAAAAUUCGUUUUUGUCUUGUUUGAGUAAAUGCAACGACCAAAAGCACUGCACCGUCGUAUCUUAUUUUCUGCUGAACUCCACGUGCACUACUUACGGUAACAUCGAAAAUGACAUAGAGCGAGUGGACUUCGAGUACGGCUACGUUUCCGCUUUUCGUAUGGCAGAUUUGUCCAUAAGUGAUACGAACACUUGGAGGUUCGUCGAAACCGGAGAUAGCGUGCUGUCGCUGAAAUCGACGACAAGCCUAAGCACAGGACAAUGUUCGUCGUUCAUCAACGACACUCACGGUAGUUAUUUCUCCAAGCCUUGUUUCACCACCUCGUUGGCCGGUUGCGACGUCAAUACUGGAUGCAAAACGUGUUACUACCCCGAACGAACGGGUCAAACGGAAAACCUGAGCAUUUGUCCUGACAGCAAUGUCUAUUUUUUGGACGAAAUGAACAAAAUAAUACACGCCGAAAUGGAAAACUGUUUGCAGACAACGGACUGUAUGGGAUUCGGAUUGAACUCGAAACGAACCGAGCAGAUUACCCUUACGACGUUUGGACUGUACCAGUAUGCCAAAACGUUCAUGUUGAAGUUUCCCAAACAAACCGUAGGAGUUCACGCCUAUCUCAAGGACUACGAUUUCGUCGAAAACAUCGGAGUAGUUGCUAUCGAAGGCGCGGAAAGUGAAUUAAAAAUGUCCAAUGAGGUGACGUUCGACGAGUGUAUGUCCGAGUAUAAGAACUCCACGUUUAUGCGAAUGUCCUAUUCUAGACGGAAAAAGGAAUGCGUUCUUUCGUCUGACGUGGUGAGAUUGACGGAAGGCAAAAACGUUUUGACUGUUUUCAAAAAACCCUCGUUAAAAUCGUCGUCGUUGAAUUACUUGCGGACUCCAGGCGUACGGUUGAAUUCGUCAUUGGCCACCAUGCAACGUGAUUGCAAACAAAAUUGCGAAGAAAUCUGUUCCCAAGUUUGUAAUCAGCCGUCCAACGCUUGGUGCGCUUACAUAUCUAUAAAAUAUUUACCCAACUCGUCAAAGUGCUAUUUUUUUGAAAUUAAUGACGAAGCCGAGUUGAACCUCCAGUCAUCAGAAAGCUCUAUGGUGCUUGUAACGCAGAGCAAAUCGAAUUUCACCUUGGCCGGACUGAAUAAGGUGAACCCAUUCUCUGGCGAUGAAAAUAUGCUAUUAAACUGUUUCAUCAAGGAUAACAAGCAAACCCAGACCACAUUGACUGUAUUCAAUAACCCAGGUGAAAUGGCAGUGGCAAUACGUAAUAAAAGAGGAGUAUUAAGUUCUAUCGGUAACGCGUUUAAGUCAGCAGGUGAAGGUUUUGUCGAAGCGGUUAAAGACACAGUGGAUACAGUUGUGGACACCGGUAAAGGAGUUAUUAACGCGGUGGAAAAUGUGGUCAAAGGAGAUUUGGAAGGGGCCAAAAAUGCGAUAACAAACAUACCGAUCGUUAAAGACGUCAAAAACGCGAUUGAUCUGGGGGGUGCUGUUUUGUCCGGAGACUGGGAUACAGCCAAAGAAAAAGGAUUAGAUCUUCUAGGGUCUUCGUUGGUAGACGUCGGUCUGACUGUAUUUGCUCCAGGUGUCGGUAAGGUCGCUGGAAUGGGUUUGAAGGGAAUCUCCAGAGUGGGUAAAACAGCUCUUAAAGGGUCAAAAAAUACAAUUAAAAAAGCUGGGAAAGAUACAAAACCCAGUAAAGCAGACGUUAAAAAAACGAAGGACGAUAAAAAAAAAAAAGAAGAAAAUGAAGAAAAGUGUAAAGCCCGAUCCAAACGAGCAAACAGUACCAAAAAAAAGAAUAACGGAUGCAAUAACAGUAAAUUAUGUGCUAUGCCAAAAGCUACCAACUCCAUGAACGGCACUUUUAAAGCUUGUAAAAACAAGGCAGUGGAUACAUAUUGUGAUUUUGAAUGUAAACCUGGUUAUGAAGAGAACAAACCUAGACUCACGUGUUUAGUAGAAAAAAAUAAAAACGCAGCUUGGUCACCAAAACCAUUAUGCACAUUGUACACAUGCGAUCAGACAGCUUUUCCUGUAAUCGCCGUUAUGACACCAAAAGUCGACGGUUUCACCUCGAUAUCAACAGGCAAAUACAUUGUCUCCUACGUAGCGUUGUUCGAUAAAUCCCGUAAACUUCCCGUGUGGUCGGCUGCCUUACACCAGAGCAAUGAGUUCAAGUCUAAAAGCUAUAACGAUGCUAAAGAAGUUGAACGGGAAGAUGGUUUUUUCAAGUAUCCAUGUAAAGAAGUAAAACCACAUCAGUAUGUUACUGAUGAUUACAAUAAAGGCGGAUACGACCGUGGACACUUGACUCCGGUAAAUAUUGCUCGGUGGUCGAGAAAAGCUAUGAAAAGUACAUACGCGAUGAUUAACAUCGCUCCUCAGCAUGCUUACAUCAACCAGCAAGCGUGGAAAGAGCUAGAGAAUCAUGUGUUGUGUUUUGGUAAGGACAAGCGAACGUAUGUGAUAACCGGUGUUUGCAAAAAAACACUGGGGAAAACGAAAGGCAAGACUAAAAUCGACGUACCCGAUUGUUUUUGGAAAAUGUUGUGCUACAACGACGAGCAGGGAGAAGCUCAAGUCGUUGGUUUUAUAGCGAAGAACUCAGAUUAUCCGCCUGGCUCUUAUGAUAAGCGAAAAGAAGAAAUAUUUACACCAGUUUCGCAAACGGAAAUCAAUAAACUCUACGACAGUUCAUUGCACAAUCCGUGGAUUAAGUCGGUGCGACUAAGCGUAGGAAGAGGAAUUGGCAUUCAACCCGUAUCCAGUGAUAUUAACAAUAACCAUCAGGCUAUGUGGUUGCCCGUGAACCCCAACGACUGUAGGAAAGCGAUGGACUUAUCUCCGGAAGAGAUACAAGGUUGGAAAGACAAACUGUUGGGUACAAGUACAAAACACAAACGUGCGGCAACAACGAGACUGAAAAGAGGAUGUACCAAAUCAGAAAUGAAAGAAUUAGACGAGUUGGACGAAUUGUUUAAAACGCGUACUGUGGUGUCAGCUGACUCAGAUGACUCAGAUGACUCAGACAACUCAGAUGAAUCGGAAUCUGGCGAAGACACAGCCGGAGACGGAAGCGUAGACGUUUCGGUACAGAGUUGCGGCAAACGUAUCGUUGGGUAUUACACCUCUUGGGGUGUGAAAAAGAUCAACAGCAAAAUUUUGUCUAAGCUAACUCACUUGAUAUACGCUUUUAUGGAGAUGCACAGUGACGGAACGGUCAUCAUAGGAACGCCAGACAAAGCACACAGCGAAAACGUGGAAGAGGAAACGCAAAAGUCUCGCCAAAGAUUAGAACACCUGAUGAACUUGGCCAAGUUUUAUCCGCAUGUGAAAAUCUUGUUCGCUGUCGGCGGGUGGGAGAACUCUCAGUAUUUCAGUAAAAUGGCUUCGUCGCCUCAAAGCAGAGUGGUGUUUAUCUCGUCCGUUAUCAAACUCAUUCAAAAAUACGGUUUUGACGGAGUGGAUAUCGAUUGGGAGUACCCAGUAACCGGAGGUGCCGUCGAAGGAGUACCGGCAGACAAAAACAACUAUGUGCUUCUCAUGAAGGAACUGCGUCAGGCUUUGGACUCCUACAAAGCAGAAGCAGGUCGGAGAAGUGAUUUCCUGAUAUCUUUUGCCGGCGCAGCGGGUCAGUGGACUUUGGAUCCCGGGUUUGACUUGCCAGGGCUGCUUAAGUAUGCCGACUUUGCCAACGUGAUGACGUAUGAUUUCUUCGGAGCUUGGGCCAGCAAAUGGGGUGCGUACACGGGACCUCCCGCCCCUCUGUAUUUUGGGAUGCCACCACGGUUUUCUGGCAAGACAAACGUCGACUGGACCAUCAAGUACUACACUUGCAAGAGUAAGUUACCGCAUAAGAUCAACAUGGGCUUGCCGUUUUACGGCCGGUAUUGGAGUAACGUGGGCGAUUCGGUAGACGGCAAAGACGAAAUGUGGCGAACGGCUAACGCGGUCGGAGGUGUUUUUCAGGGUGGAUACACGCCUUGGUUUAAGCUACAGCAAGACCAUUUGGACGACAACCAGUUCCAACAGCGUUUCCACGAGAAGAGCAAAUCACCUUACGCAUGGAAUCCGUCGACAAAAGUGUUUUUAGGCUACGAAAAUGAAAAAUCUCUGUCUUUCAAAGCGAAGUACGCUGUGGAUAAGAACGUCGGUGGCCUGAUGAUCUGGUCGGUCGAUUUGGACGACGACCAACUGACAUUGUUGAACGCCGUUUACAAAGCACCGUUAUGCGACAAAACCGAUCCUAACGAUGUUAACCACAAGUGUUCGCCUAUUGACGAAAAGCGCUGGUGGACCUCCGAAGACAGCGAUGACGUUGCAGGGCUUUGUGGUAGAUCGGCCCCCCUCUAUAAAGGUUACUAUCCUGUAUGCGAUCCGGACGACCCGGGUUACAGCUGCUGUGGCCCCUCCGGCUAUUGUGGAUCAGGCGAGAAGUACUGCGACUGUCCCACUUGCAAGGACUACGGGAAAAACCCAUCGCUAAUAAUGGAAGGUCCGAUCAAACCCACCGUGCCGGUCACGUGGUAUUUCUUGAACGCCAAGGACGGCUUGCGCGGCCGGUGUGGCCGAAAAAUACCUAAAAUCCAAGGCGUUUACCCCACGUGCAAUCCGGACGACAGCAACGCUCAUUGUUGCUCCAACGGCAACUAUUGUGGUAAAUCUGCCGAGUUUUGCAAAUGCCAGGGAUGCGUUGACUUCAAGAAGAAUCCCACUUACCGGUUCGGCCCGAAGAAAUGGUGGACUCUGGAAGACGGUCCGAAAAGGGCGGGCACGUGCGGACCCAAAGCCGACAAGGUCGAUGGCGUUUACGAAGCCGAGUGCGAGCCAAACACUAAGUUCAGCUGUUGUAGUCCCAACGGUUAUUGCGGAUCCGGCAGCGACUAUUGCGACUGCAAAGGCUGCAUACGCUUUUAACUAGAGCCAAUAAUUAUAAGGUAUAUAAUACACCACAAUACAACACUCACAAAACAGGAAAAAAAGAUCAUUGGAUCGAGUACGACGACCCGGAAUUGUUUAACUCGACUAAAGAGAUUAAUACUGUAUUUUUUUAACCAACUAUUAACUAUUAUACAAUACCGAACACUAUGUUUGUUGGUUUUAAAAAAAACAUGUAAUAACAACUAUUA